CUUUACGGUAAUUGGCUCCACCCCCUCUGCGCACCGUGCCUGGCAGGAGCUCAGCUACACGGUCGAAGAAUGCGCUCAUCUCCGUGAAGCAGAAGGUCUGUGCCGCUGCUUCGGAUGGGACGCGCGGGAUGAUUGCGCUUCGCAGGGCGGUCGUGUACCUCCGGGUGUCUAGGUGUCGCUGAGAUCCAGGGAGACGCGGGUUCCCGGCGUGGAUUGCAUGCAGUCCUUGGAUGUAUUUUUCCACUCCACCGAGUUAUCCAGCACGCGUAAUGCGCACACUUGUAGCGUUUAUCUAAAGGGCGUGUCGGUCGCAGCCGCGACUGGAGACUGCGCGUUUUCAGCUGGAAAUCCGUCUGUCUGCAGCGGGGUUUUGAGGGUCUGACGAGACAGACAGAGAGCCUGGUGUGGCGUUCAGGCAAGGAGGGGGUGGGUUUCUCCACGGCGCUGCGCAGACAGCCUCUGCAAACCUCCUCCUCCUCCUCCUCCACAACAACACGGGACAAGAAGAAGAGGGGGAGACAGGGGAGGAGACGUGCAGAAGGUCUGUAGGGGUGGAAAUCUGGACACCUACGGCGGUAAAAUGACGAUGUCCGUCCCGGAGAGGAAAUCCGGAUCGGAAGGGAAGGAGGAGGAGAGCGAGGAUGAGAGCGAGAUCCUGGAGGAGAGUCCCUGCGGCCGCUGGCAGAAACGCAAAGAGCAGGUCAGCCAAGGAAAUGUCCCUGGUGUGGAGAGUGCCUCCUUGGCCAUGGACACAGAGGAAGGUGUGGAGGUGGUGUGGAAUGAAGUUCUCUUCUCAGACAAAAAGGUCUUCAAAGCCCAGGAGGAAAAAAUCAAAGAGAUGUUUGAGAACUUGAUGCAGGUCGAACACCCCAACAUUGUAAAGUUCCACAAGUACUGGCUGGACAUGAAGGAGACCCAGGCUCGGGUCAUAUUCAUCACUGAAUACAUGUCAUCAGGGAGCCUCAAGCAGUUCUUAAAGAAGACAAAAAAGAACCACAAGUCCAUGAAUGUGAAGGCCUGGAAGAGAUGGUGUACCCAGAUUCUGUCGGCACUCAAUUAUCUGCACUCGUGUGACCCGCCAAUAAUCCAUGGCAACCUAACCUGUGACACAAUCUUCAUCCAACACAACGGCCUCAUCAAGAUUGGCUCAGUGUGGCACCGACUGUUUGUAAAUGUGUUCCCAGAUGCCAGCGUCCACAGCAAAGGAAGGCAACAUCGGGAUGAGCAGAGGAAUCUUCAUUUUUUUGCGCCUGAAUACGGAGCUGGCGAGGAUGAUUACUCCAUAGACAUUUUCUCCUUUGGCAUCUGUGCUCUAGAGAUGGCAGUACUGGAAAUCCAGGCCAACGGAGAUGCUGCUGUGUCCAAGGAGGCCAUUGUGAAUGCAGGUCAAUCACUGGAAGAUCCUCCCAUGAGAGAGUUCACGCAGUCGUGUUUGCGUCACGACGCCAAGCUCCGUCCUACAGCUCACGACCUUCUGUUCCACAGGGUCUUGUUCGAAGUCCACUCCCUCAAACUGCUCGCCGCCCACUGCCUCAUCAACAACCAGUAUUUGCUUCCUGAGAACUGUGUAGAAGAAAAAACCAAGUCGUUUGACCCCAACGCCGUCAUGGCAGAGAUUAGACAUGAUGACAGACCUGGAGUUCAGCUCAAGUAUUCCCAUGUUUCCCCUUUAGAGCUUGACAAGUUUCUGGAGGAUGUCAAAAAUGGGAUUUACCCGCUGAUGAACUUCGCCACGUCCCGGCCUCACCCCGUCCCUCGAGCUCUGUCCUUGUCUCAGGAGCAAGUUGAGACGGUGAAAACACCGACCCCUGAGCCCCAGGAGACAGAAACGAGGAAGGUUAUUCAGAUGCACUGUAAUUUGGAGUCAAAUGAAGAAGGGACCAAAACUCAUGUGAGUCACACAGUACUGCAGCUAUCAUUGUUUCUGAAGAUGGACGACAAACUGCAUCGGCAGCUUAGCUGUGACAUCUUUCCAACGGACACUCCAAAAGACCUUGCCAGUGAACUUGUGCACUACGCCUUCAUAAACGAGGAGGACAGUGAGAAGGUGGCCACGUUCCUGGAGGACUCCAUCAGCCGACACCGGGUCCGAGCGCUGGCCGCUGGGAGCAAUCAGUGACAGCGGGGCUCACGGCAGCAGCUGGUUCUGGCGGAGCAGGACGCGGGGAGACUUUGACCACACAGGUGGAGAAAGAGCGGGAAGCAGACGGCUGCGGAGGACAUUGCCGGGGACGUUGAACGAGUCAGAGGACGGACACUGAAACGCUUUGAAAGUCCGUAAAUUAACCCAGUUAGUUGGAAGGAAAACAGCAGCUGGGUGGAGGACAGGAAGCCUCGUGGCCAAGUGCACCUACCCCUCACGGCGGUGGAAGAUCCACAGCGUCCCUGCCUAAAAGGGCUACCACGCCUUAAAAUAUCUCCACAAAUUCAGUUUUUCGUAGAGCCGCUACUGAGAACGUGCUUUGCUCGCAGAUACAGCAACUGGAAAGUAUGAGAAAGA